AUGUUUGAAUUAAAUCAAAAUGAUUUGCGGUCAUAUUAAGAGAAAUAUGAUAAGGUAGUAAAAGCAAAAUUGGUGUUAGAUUUUAAAUAAACUAAGAAUUUAUUAAUAGGGCAAUUUUCAAUUACAGAUGAUUAGGCUAAUUUAAUUUUAAAAAAAGUAUUCUUUGGCUAAAGCUCUGAUGUAUUAAAUAAGGAAGGAUUCUUUACAGCUUUGAGAUAUGUUUAAUGCUUGCAAAAUUAAGUGAACAUAGAAACCUGUAAUAUUAAUACAAUUAAAUUGCAAUUUCCUCUUAGAGUCAAUAGUAAAGUGAAUUUGAAAAAGUCAUUCUAAGUUAUUUCUCAUGAAGACCCGUUAGACAAGUCAAUGAUUGCUCUAUAGAAUUUAUAGAAUUUAAUAAAGGAUCCAGCAUCUCAAGAAAGAUAAAGAAGCUAAAUUCAUUAAGAAGCAAGGAAUAAAGAAACUAAAUAAAUAUAAAGAGAUGAAGGAAAUAUAGAAAUAUAAAACAAAAUUGUAGAUGAAAUUUAAUAAUUUGGCCAAAUAUUUUAACCUAAAAUAGAAACCAAUAUAAAUCAAAAUUUUAUAUUUGAACAAUAAAUUCUUAAAGUAAAUUUAGAAAGCAAUGCUUAAUUGAUGAAAAGUGAAGAACAUCUAAUUACUGAAUUUGGUGUUAUAGAUAUAGAUUAUAAUAAAAAUAGUAAAUAAUAGCAAAUUUCUAAUGUAGAUUCAAUCUAAUCUAAUUAGUUGUUGUAAGACAUUAAUUAGACGUAGAAGUAAGAAGUAAAUGUUAAACCUAAUGAUAUUAAAGAAAAUUUACCUGAUAUUAUUGAAAUUAAUGAAGAUGAUGAUUCAUAAUAUUUAAAUCAAGACUAAUCAAAAGAUAUCUAUGUAUGGAUUCCAAGUUAUUAAUCAUAUAAAGAGGGGCCCUUUUUAUAAACUUAUUAUACAUAUACAGUCUGUUCAGAAAUUUGUACUGACCCAUUUAAUAGAUAAUAUUCUAAAUUUUAAGUUUAGAGAAGAUAUACAGAUUUUAAGAUGCUCUAAUAAUAUUUUACUAAAUCUAAAUUGGGAGAUAUAAUUCCUAGCUUACCAGAAAAAGAAGGUGUCAUUGCUAGUUUAAAGAAUAUGGUUGUAGAAAAUUGUCAAUUCAUAUCUUAGAGGUAAGAACAAUUAUAAUUAUUUUUGUAAUCUUUAACAAAGUAUAAAGAUGAUUCCAUAUUAUUGUCAUUUUUAAGUAUUGAUAAGAAAUUUGAUUAAAUCUUAAAAGAAAUUAAGUUCUCAAAAGCAGACAAUUUAGAUGAAGAUACAUUUUUACCAGAUCCUGAUGAAUUCACUAGAAAAUAGAAAUUGAAGGAAAUUAUAAUAGGAAAAUCAUUAUUAGAUCUUAUUGAUUAUUUUAAAGGUGAAAAAGAAAUUGAAGCAAAAUUUUAAGAAGAAUAUCGAUAAGUUUAAAAUCAUUACAAAAAUUUAUAGAAUAAAAAAUAAGAACUAAGUAAAUUCAAAUAGUGUUUAAAUUAAUUUUAUGAUCCAAUUGAUAAAUUCUCAUCUAGUAAUUAAUUAUCAACAACAUAAAUUAUAUCUGAUGAAAAUAUACGUUAGGUCUAAGAUACAUAGAGAUUAUUUUAAGCUAAUUGUAAUUAUUUUAAUAUUUAUAUUUAGAUUUCAAACAUUAAAAUCUAAUUCUGAGUUAAAUUACACAAAUUGAAUUUUAAUUAAAUAGUUUGACAUAUAGUUAUGAAUAAAUAUAGAAACAAAUUUACAAAUGGUUUGCUGAAAAGAAAAGAUUAAGAGAGGAAAAAAUUUCAAAUAAGUAUGGAUUAUUAAUAUUAAUUUAUAGAUUAGAAAUACAAAAGAAUGAUUUAGAAGAAGGAAGAUUAUAAUUUGUUAUUUCUAAAACUAAUGAAACUUUAAUAAAAUUGGUUAAAUAAAUUAAUGAGGAUUUGAAAGGUUUAUUAAAAGAUUUUGUCGAGGAAUUAACUCAAAUAUGA